AUGCUCUCCUCAUCUCAGGCCGCCCCGGCUGCAAGUGUCUCCACCAGCCCGCCGCCCAAGGUCCGCCCACCUAUAAAACCUGGCAACCUCAAACUCCCAGACCACAGUCUCUCAGCAGCGACUAUGCGUCUGGCGUCCUCCAACCUCCCGGCCAGCUUCUUUGCGCCGUUGCAUGUCCCAAGUCCCGAUGGCAUGCUCAUGGACCCCGUUCCCAAGGCGGCCAUGUUUAAUGGCACGCCCAACGUUCUCAAGGCCAACUCUGAUCCAGGGCUUUCCACCAAGCCAGUCGCCUCUGCCUUUACACGUAGCGCAUCGAGUCACUGCGCGACCACCAUUCGCGAUAGCCCUUCCAUGCCGACCAUAAGCGCAAGCCCUGCAGUCACGCCGGGCGAUCUCAGCGGCCUACCACCCUCCUCGCGAGCAAGAGGUGUCGCGUACUCGAAUAUUCCGGCCGCCACUGCGCCAAUCUUUCGGACAGAACCAAAAGCAGAGUCCAAUGGCGAUUACUUUGGCGAUGCAGUCGCUAGCGACGCGCAAGGUGGGAAGCCGCCCACCAUCGAGUACAACCCCCCGCGCAGUGUUACCCAGGCAGAGGUCUUCUAUCGCUUGCACAACUUCUAUGCCGCGCCUCCACCCUUGUAUGAGGCGCAGCGCCUCAAGGCCCUGUACAACUUCAACAUUCUGCACACCACCAGCGACGUCAACUUUGACCGCAUCGUGCACAUGAUCAAACUCGUUUUCAAGGUCAAAAUUGGCUUUAUCACAAUGGUCGAUGGCGAGCACGCGUGGUUCAAGGCCAAGGCCGGCUUUGAUGCGCAGCAGACAUACCGCGCGACGAGUUUCUGCGGACACACCAUUCUUGCAGAGGACGACGAGCCCAUGGUCGUGCUGGAUUCAUCCAAAGACUGGCGCUUCUGCAACAACCCGCAUGUCCUUGGCCCACCCUAUGUGCGAUUUUACGCAGGCGCGCCGUUGCGUACGUCGAAUGGUUACAACGUUGGAAGUCUGUGUCUUGUGGAUGACACACCGCGUCCUGAGUUUCCGCCACGAUCGAGGCACAUCUUGAAAGAGUUCGCGGCGAUCGUGAUGCGCGAGAUGGAGCUGUGGCGUGAUCGACUACAACUUCGCACUCGAGACAAGAUUCAGACCGCAAUGGAAAAGUUCACGCGCGAGUGUCUCGAGAUCGACGAGGAGAUCACGUCGGCCGACUUUGACUCAGCGAGCCGCAUGGAUCAGGUGUACAGCAGAGCGGCCAAGCUAAUCACGACAACAUUAGAGCUCGACGGUUGUACCAUAUUGGACAUUAGCCAGUUUGAGCGAGUCGAGAUCUCCACAGCAGACGGCGAGCGCCAAACCAUCUACCACGCACACCCAUAUUCUGAAGGUGAGGCGCACAUGGUGGAACCAGCAGGCGUCUUUGGGCCUGUGUCGGCCUUCCCAGUUCUGUCAACUGCACCGGGCGAAUCAGUCGAGACUCGACCGCUCACUGGUGUUGAGCACGAAAAGAUGUCCGCAUUCCUCGCCGAUCACCGCGAUGGCCGCAUUUUCGAGGGCGUCGCGCCGUCGUGGAUCAAGUACGUCUUCCCAUCGACGCUAAAGUACGGCAUGGUGGUCCCUGUGAUCGGCAUAGACAAGCAGCCGUUCGCACUCAUCUGCGCAUACACCCACGACAAAGGCAAGCAAUUCCUCGAGGGUUACGAGCUCCAGUUCCUGAGAGGUAUCGGGGUAAUUAUCCUUUCGGCGGUGCUCCGCCGCCGCAUGCUGUUGGCCGACCGAGCGAAGAGUGUCCUCAUCUCGUCUGUGAGCCACGAGUUGCGUACCCCUUUGCACGGCAUCCUUGCAGCAUCCGAACUACUCGGCGACUCGAACCUUGAUCCGAACCAGGACGCACUGCUGUCGACCGUGCGAACAUGCGGACUGCAGCUCAUCGAUACGGUCAACCAUGUUCUCGACUUUACCAAGCUCAGCGGGGGUUCGAAGCACAUGCCAACCAAGCCGCAGAUUAAGCUGUCCAAAGCCAAUCUAACCGACUUGAUCCUUCAAACAGUCGAGAGUUGCUGGUUUGGCGCGCGAGGCAAAUCAAUGCAGCAGAGUGAAAGCGGGCAUGGAAGCUUUUACGCACCGAUUGUUCAAGGCCUGCUGCCACAGGAGGAGCGCGUCCAGGUCCAACACGCGCUUGCGCACGUGGAGACGGUCCUCGACCUCGGACCUCGCGAGGGCGGAUGGAACGUCAUCUGCGAGACUGGCGGAUUGCGGCGUUCGUUGAUGAACAUUUACUCGAACGCACUCAAGUUCACAAAGGAUGGUUACAUUCAGGUUGUCUUGCGCGAGCUUCCAACCAGCCCCGGUCCAGGACGCAUUUCGGUGCAGUUAGCGGUCAUCGAUACGGGCAAAGGCAUCGGCAAGGCGUUCCUAAAGGAUCAGAUCUUCCAGCCCUUCUCCCAGGAGAAUCCACUGCAGCCCGGUACGGGUCUGGGCCUCGCCAUUGUAAACAGCAUCAUGCGUUCCGAAGCCAUCAAGGGCAAUGUCGAGGUUUGGUCGAUUGAAGACGAGGGCACCGAGAUCCGUCUCACGUUUGACGUCGAGGUUGUCAACGACCCCAACCACGUCCCGCCGGAUCGCACUAUUGGUCGUGGGCUUAAAGUGGGCUUUAUCAACUACAGUCUCAACCACCGAGGGCUCCAGCUCAGCAAGGAGGUGAUGAAACAGUAUGCCGAGUAUCUCGGAUACUCGAUCGCCUCCGAUUAUCGGGAUGCCGAUGUGCUGAUCAUGAAUGAGCUUGGCGGCAUCGAUCACGACAGCGUCGACAUUGUUCGACAGAAGCCUACUUUGCUCAUGGUGACGUUCAAGAUAUGGAGCCGUGACAAGCUGAACGAGCUCGGCCUGCUCAAGGACAAGUACGUGCGCGUCAUGUGCAAGCCGAUGGUCCGCUAUUCGGUGCUGCACGAGCUGGAGCGAGUGGCGCGUUACAUCCGAGGCGGGAGUAUGGGCGACGGGAGUGAGCUGGGGGAGCUUCCCACUCAGAUGAGCCAGAUGGCGCUUGACAGCCCCAACAUCUUCCCACGCGCACCGCAUGAUGGGUCCCCCGGCUCCAGCCUCAACAGCUUUGAGCCACAGGUCAAGCCGACCGGCAGCCCACCAGUGGCAUCAGCAUUCCGGCCGAACUCUGGUCUGACCCGCCGUCGUUCCGAUGAGGACAGCGAGGUCAAACCUGUGCGCCCACUUCUCGCGCCAAGAGGCAACACCUACCAUCCUGGGUCGCCUCAUGUCGUGACUCCGAGGGAGGAGGCUCCGCCGUCUGAGGUCGCCUCGCCCAGCUCUACGAUCUCGCUUGCGGACGGCGGCGCCCUCCUCAAGGCCAUUACCAUACCGGACGACCUGGCGGUGGAGCGCAAGCCCCGCCCCCCACGUGUCAUGAUCGUCGAGGAUAACGUCAUCAACCGCCGCGUGUUGACGGCCUUUCUGAAGAAGCGCGGAUGUGACUACCAGGAGGUCGUGGACGGCCUCGAGGGUGUCAAGUUGUUUGAGGCGACGUCGCCGAACGCAUGGGACAUCAUCCUCAUGGAUAUCAACAUGCCCAACAUGAACGGGUACGACGCGACGCGCGCUAUCCGAGCGAUCGAGCUGCAGCGCCGGCACGCUGAGGGCGUAUCCAAUGUGCCAGUUGCAGCCGCGCUCGAAGCCAAGGUCGAAAGAGAGCGUGGGGCUGUGGCGCACCACAGUAAGAUCUUUGCGCUCACGGGCCUCGCGACCGCCGACGAUAAGAGGCAGGCGUUUGGAAGCGGCGUAGAUGGAUACCUUGUUAAACCUGUAUCUCUUGCGAGUCUAGACAUGCUUUUCAAAAGUGAGUCGGUGUUAGAGUUUGGAGCCGUGCUGACAGGCGUAGAGAUCGGAUUCUAG